AUGGCCAAACGGUUUGACCUAGAUGGCAAGGAGAUCGCACCUAUUAGGAUGUGUAUUAUAGGAGCAGCAGGUUUCAUUGGAUCGCACCUAUGCGAGGCUUUGAUGUGGGAGACCAACCAUUUUCACCAGUUUAACAUCAGCAAUGAUCCGCGUCUUGAAGGCAUAAUCAAGUCAUGUGACUUGACGAUUAAUUUGGCUGCCAUCUGUACUCCAGCGGAUUACAACACCAGGCCGCUGGAUACUAUCUACAGCAACUUCGUCGAUGCUCUCCCCGUGGCCAAGUUCUGCUCAGAUUUCAAAAGAAGACUGAUUCAUUUCUCCACCUGUGAGGUCUACGGCAAGACGGUUGGAGCCUUUUUGCCUCCUGACAGCAAUAUGCGCAAUGAUCCCCAAUAUUAUGUGCUGAAAGAAGACGAAACGCCUUGCAUUUUCGGGCCCGUGCAAAAGCAACGGUGGUCAUACGCUUGUGCAAAGCAGCUCAUUGAAAGGGUCAUCUAUGCUGAGGGGGCUGAAAAUGAUCUCAAAUUCACCAUCGUCCGCCCGUUCAACUGGAUUGGUCCCCGUAUGGAUUUUAUCCCUGGAAUCGAUGGUCCCAAGGAUGGCGUGCCUCGAGUUCUUGCUUGCUUCAGCAAUCAACUUUUGCGCGGAGAACCACUGAAGCUGGUUGACGGUGGCAAGUCACAACGCACCUUUGUGUACAUCAAGGAUGCAAUCCGCGCCGUGAUGCUUAUGAUUGAGAACCCAGAGCGAGCAAAUGGGCACAUAUUCAAUGUCGGGAACCCCAAGAACGAGGCUUCUGUUCGUGAACUGGCAACAAUGAUGACGAGGAUCUACUGCAAAGUGAGCAAGCAAGCAGAGCCUGCAACACCCACAAUCGACGUUACAUCAAGUGAUUUCUACGGAAAGGGCUAUGAUGAUAGUGACCGGCGGAUUCCAGACAUGACGCUUAUUCAGCAGCAGCUGGGUUGGGAGCCAGAGACUUCCUUGGAGGAGUUGUUGGAUGUGACCUUGACAUACCAGUACAGCACAUAUGCUGAGGCUAUCCGACGGUCAAUGGCACAGACAACUGCAGCGACGGCCCCUGCGGCGCGAGUCCGAUCCUGCGACGGAAGUACCGCACUCUUAUCAUCAAUGGCUGGACCAGACGAAGCAAUCACUGAGGAGAGCUCUCCGUUCAUGAACAUCCACUCGCGAGCAGCCUCCUCUCAUCCGCCACUUCACGCUCCGCCUGUCCACCGAUCCUCCUCUCCGGAUUCUCGAGACUCGUUUUUCUCCCUGCCAUUGUCCUCGCUCUCCACCUCAUUCUCGAUCUCUCCAAUCCGAAGGCGAGAAUGGGCUGUAUUUUUCCGCCAGCUACUAGACCGGCGUUGGUGGGAGUCCGUUUCUCGGCAUUUGCGUAACAACCCUCGCGAGUUCAUCGCAUCUGCAUUCGCGAAUAGCGAAGACUGGUUUCCCAGAGCGAAGCCAUAUCUCGCCGCGCUUCUGAUCAUCCUUGUUAUUAUCACACCGCUAUGGCUAGUCUCUAGCAUAUCAGGAUCGAGUGUAUAUCUUUCGGAAAAUGCGGGAGCGGAUGGAGAUUUGCGAGGGGAAUGGAACACCAAGGCUGGACGGGAUGGCCUGGAUGCUGUCUUAUGCCAUGCAGAGGCGGUUUACCGGGUGAGCCAUUUAGCCAUUCAAGCCAAACCCAUUGUCUACAGUGUGGGCAGUGACGAGGAGUACUCUUUUGAAGAGGCCAUGUUCCGCCACUACCGCUCGCAGCCAUACACGCUCGACCCCUUCCUUUCCCCGCAAGCCCAGGCGCGCAUGCAGCUGCUGCGCUUCCUGCACUUCCACUCCGUGGGGCUGGCUGGAAAGGCAUCAUUGGGCGAUUACCAGAAGUGGAACCCCAAUGUGACUUUCCGCACUCUGCCUGAGCUUAUGCAGGAUCUCAACCACACGUACAUCGAUAUUCUGAAGCUCAGCUGUGGGGGGUGCGAGGAGGAGGUGAUAUUCGAUGUGUUUGAGGGCAAUGUGAAUGGGACAGCAGCAGAGGGGGUGGGAAGGGGCAUGCUGGAAAAGUUAGGUGUGGUUGCUGAACCAGCAGGUCCGGUUGCCGAACUAGCAGGCGCUAGUAAUAGUGGUGGUGGAGGAGUGAGGAACUAUGAGGAGGGGAGGGAAGAUGCAGAGGACCCAUCUGUGGGUGCUAGACUGGCCAUCGAUGGAGGGAAGCUUCCUUUCGGUCAACUCGUCGUCGACUUUCAUGAGGCCGAUGAGCCUCAAGAGCUUCUUUCCUUGGUGUAUUCUUUGGAAACACUUGGAUAUCGGAUGUUCCACAUUGAGGACAAUCCUUUAUGUGACCUAUGCAUCACAGGUAGCUUCAUUCACGAAAGCUUGGUCGGUAGCACCAUUCGUCCGUACGUCAUCCCCUUCAUCGUCAUCCUCGCUAUAGUCAUCCCCAUUAACCUGGUGUUUCAAUCGACUCCUGGCCUGCUCUCCAGCGGCUGGAGCAGCGGCGGAGGCUCGGCAGCGUCGCUUCCGUACCAGCCGCCUAGCCUCGGAUGGGCUGCAAUUCUGUUUCCCAGCAUGAGCGGCAUUGACGCGGCCAUCUGCCGUGCUGAGGAGAAUUACUGGGAGAACCUUGUGCUGAGGCGGAAGGCGUGCAAUGGAACGCUGUACCCGCCACCUGCGCAGUACACACCUGUCAUGAUGAAGACCGUUGUGCUCAUCCCCACGUACCCGUGCCCGGCAAACGAGCGCAUUGGGCAGUGGGGAGAUGGCGGGAAGUGGACUUGCCUGCUGCCAGGCGCCAUUCAGAAGGACCCUGUCGUGUACAGCAUUGGCAGUCACGGGAGGUACUCAUUCGAAGACUCCAUUCACAAGCUCCUGCACGUGCAGCCGCACACGUUCGACCCCUUCCUUACUCUCGAGACCUCCGCCUCCAUGCAUAAACUCUCCUCCCUCCACUUCCACUCCAUCGGCCUCUCCGCAUCCUCCUCCCUCCAAAAUUACCACAAGAAAUUCCCGGAAAUGAAGUUCCUAACUUUGGGCGGGAUUAUGGAAAUGUUGAAUCAUUCCUAUGUGGAUGUGUUCAAGAUUGACUGCGAGGGGUGUGAGGAGGCGGUGAUUACGGAGAUUGGGGAGGCGAAUGGGAACGCGGCGGCACAACUGAGCGUGCACGGGGGGACGCUGCCGUUCGGGCAGAUCUUGGUGGAGUUUCACCAAAUGCACCAGCCUCAGGUCAUCCUACCAAUCGUUUACACGUUGGAGAGGCUUGGCACCAUUCGUCCGUACGUCAUCCCCUUCGCCGUCAUCCUCGUCAUAGUCAUCCCCAUUAACCUUGCGUUUCAGUCCAACCCCGGCCUGCUCUCCAGCGGCUGGCGCAGCGGCGGAGGUUCGGCAGCGUCGCUUCCGUACGAGCCGCCUAGCCUCGGAUGGGCUGCAUUUCUGUUUCCCAGCAUGAGCGGCAUUGACGCGGCUGUAUGCCGUGCAGAGGAGAAUUACUGGGAGAACGUUGUGCUGAGGCGGAAGGCGUGUAAGGGAGCAUUGUACCCGACACCCAAAUGGAUAUCACCUGUCAUGAUGAAGACGGUUGUUCUCAUCCCCACGUACCCGUGCCCGGCGAACGAGCGCAUUGGGGAGUGGGGGGAUGGCGGAAAGUGGACUUGCCUUCUUCCAGGUGCCAUUCAGAAGGACCCUGUUGUGUACAGCAACCUCACGUCCCUCCACUUCCACCCAGUCAGCCUCUUUGCAAACCUAUCACCUUCGUCCCAUCUUCCCGUCAAGAAGUUUUUCCUCCUAUGUGCUGACUCACCCACUCUCUGUGCUCAUCCCGUUUCCAGCAUUGGCUGUCAUGGGCAGUACUCAUUCGAAGACUCUAUUUACAAGCUCCUGCACGUGCGUUCACACACGUUCGACCCGUUCCUCGCUCCCGCCACCGCCGCCCGCAUGCAGAACGUCUCCUCCCUCCAUUUCUACCCCAUUGGCCUCUCCGCGAACUCCUCCCUUCAAAACUACCACGCCAAGUUCCCUCAAAUGCAGUUCAAGACACUUGGAGGCAUCAUGGAGAUGUUGAAUCAUUCCUAUGUGGAUGUGUUCAAGAUUGACUGCGAGGGGUGUGAGGAGGCGCUGAUUACGGAGAUUGGGGCGGCGAAUGGGAAUGCGGCGGCGCAGCUGAGUGUGCACGGGGGCACACUGCCUUUUGGGCAGAUUUUGGUCGAGUUCCACAAAAUGAACCUGCCCCAGGUCACCCUGCCGCUCGUCUACACAUUGGAGAAGCUUGGGUAUCGCAUGUUCAGCAUAGAGUACAACCAGCAAUGUGCACGUUGCUGCGAGAUGAGCUUCGUCCACGAGAGCCUCGUGCGCCCAGGUAGUGACAAGAACUGCCAUCCGUUUCUGUCCUCUGAAGUGUUUGUGAACAAGGAAAAUGCAGAUGCUGUGAUGCAGGAAAAGCUGGGUUCCGGAGUAGGGUAG